AAUCUGUACCGUAAAAAGAAAUAGGAGAAACGAAAACGGAAUAAAGUCGAUAUAAUAGAGGUUUGUGAGGCUUGCAGAAAUUGUCUCUUGCAUAUAAAGCUUCAUUGACUUGAGACCUCGCUGUUUUCGUUCUCCCUUUUCUCCCGAUUUGAGUACAACUUAAUUGACGGCUAAUAUCUUAUUUGCUGGUUGGUUACCUGUGUUCUAAUCUGGACGGCCAAGUUUCAUGUCUGAAUUCAACGUGCAGAUUCCAUCUGCUUUUGAUCCAUUUGCUGAUGCAAAUGCUGAGGACUCAGGAGCUGGGGCAAAAGAGUACGUUCAUGUGCGCAUACAGCAACGUAACGGGAGAAAAAGCCUGACAACUGUUCAAGGAUUGAAGAAGGAGUUUAGUUAUAACAAGAUACUCAAGGAUCUGAAGAAGGAAUUCUGCUGUAAUGGCACAGUUGUGCAAGAUCCCGAGUUAGGCCAGGUUAUACAACUUCAGGGAGACCAAAGAAAGAAUGUGUCUACCUUCCUUGUGCAGGCUGGCAUUGUGAAAAAGGAGAACAUUAAGAUUCACGGUUUCUGAAGAGCAGCAAGAUCGAAUUCUCUCUGUGUUUACAGCAACUUAACUAGUAGUGGUGGACAUUAUUAUAUAGCUACUUUUAGAACUUGAAGAGUGUGUGUUACAACUCUCGGUCCAUGUACGUUUUCUUUGCUUUGUUAUGCAGACCAAGUUAUGGAUCAUUGGACCCUUUUAAUCAAUGAUGAUACAUUUAUAUGAUGUUUGCUGUGCA